AAUAACAAACUCCGCGUGAAUAUUAAUACUUUUAAUACAGUGUUUUAUGUAACGGUUUGUGGUAUUAAACAAUGUUAAAAAUGAACAAUCAAUUAAAAAGGUAUCUCUUUUGGUUUGCCCACGAGCAUGUUGACUUCCGAUUACCUGAAAUGGAAUCUAUAUUUGACAUGUUUAAUAUUAAGCCAUAUACAUUGACAAGACUAGAGGAACAUCCUUACUGGAUUGUGGAUUUAUCUGAUGAAAAUUUAGUGCAUCAAAUUGCAAGUAGGGCAGUCUCGUUGCGCUUCUGUUUAGAGCUUUGGGCACAAGCUAAACAAAACGAAGAAUUACAUAAUUCUUUAAAAGCUUAUUCAGCUAAAAAUUCAGAGCCUUUCGCUAGAGAUAAAAAAAAAUCGUUUAAGAUUGUAGUGGAAACUUUCUGUAAACACUUUUCACAACGUGAGAAAAUCAAUAAAAUCGAAUCUUUCAGUUAUUUACCUCUAGAAGGUCCAGUUAAAUUGAAAAACCCAGAUAUCACUUUAUUCUAUAUAGAAUAUUAUGGACGUAAUCCCAACGACAUUCCAGAAGAACCCCAUGAAUAUUUCUUUGGAAAAUGGAUUGCCGAUGGUCAGCGAGAGUUAAUUCAAAAGUUAUCAUUAAAAACUAGGAAAUUUAUAGGAAAUACCUCAAUGGAUCCCCAAUUGUCGCUCAUAAUGGCAAAUCAAGCACAAAUUAGAAAUGGAGACUUAGUUUUUGAUCCAUUUGUGGGAACAGGAUCCUUGUUAAUUGCUGCAUCUCAAUAUGGAGGAUAUACAUUUGGAACAGAUAUCGAUUUUUUAAUGCUUCACGGCCGUACGAGACCUACACGAAUAUCGCAAAAGACAAGGGAAAAAGACGAGAGCAUCGCAGCAAACAUGCAUCAAUAUGGAAUGAGUUCCUAUUAUCUCGAUGUUGUGGUGGCAGAUUUUUCAUAUCCAUUGUGGCGGACAGAUUUACGAAUAGAUGCUAUUAUAACAGACCCACCUUACGGUAUAAGGGAAGCUACAGAACGUAUAGGCACUAUGAAGAUAAAUCCGGUAAUAGAGGAACAUCAAGCAACCUCUCAUAUUCCUUCAAAAAUUGUUUACGGUCUGAAUCAAAUAUAUAAAGACCUGUUGUGUUUCUCCGCGAAACACCUAAGACUUCACGGCAGACUAGUCUGUUGGUAUCCGUUGUUUAGAGAUCAGUACAUGGAAGAUCAAUUACCAGCACAUUCUUGUUUAGAAUUAGUAGCCAAUUCAGAACAAAUAUUGAGCAACUAUACUAGUAGAAGAUUAUUAACUUACAAGAAAAUUAAAGAACCUCAGGCAACCGACGAAAGCAUUAUUAUGAAUUUUACUGAUUUUCGUGAGAAAUAUUUUGCAUUACGUGAGGAAACGAGGAAAGAAAAACGAAUGAGAAGAGCUGCAGAAAGAGCAAAGAGACGAGAGGAGUGGGAACGUAGUAACAAAGAAGUUACUGAAAGAUGA